AUUCACCGGAGCUAGGGUUUCUCCCCCAAUUCUCUGUUUAUAAAAAAUUUCCCCUCCAAUUCGGCUCGUCUUCUCUCAAUCACCAAAUUCAAAAAACCCUCGAUUUUCUUUGAUUUGAUUUUGAUUUGCUUUACCCAGAAACAAAGAAGAAAAGAACAGCAACAAUCAAUCAGCCAUGACGGGUAAGGCGAAGCCGAAGAAGCAUACGGCCAAAGAGAUCGCUGCCAAGAUCGACGCAGCCACCACUAACAGAGGCGGCGGAAAGGCCGGGCUCGCCGAUCGGUCCGGUCAAGAGAAAGGCGGCCACGCCAAGUUCGAGUGCCCACACUGCAAGAUUACGGCACCUGAUGUCAAGUCUAUGCAGAUUCAUCAUGAGUCGAAGCAUCCCAAAAUCCCUUAUGAGGAGGACAAGGUUGUGAAUCUCCACGCUGUUCGUGUUGCUGCCGAUGCGUCGAAGCCGAAACCGGGUGUGAGAGGCAGCUUCAAGAAGUGAAAAAGAAUCGGGAUUCAUGAGGAUGAAUGAUGAUGAUUAUGGUGGCUGGGCUCAAUUCUAUGGUAUUGGGUACUUUUGUUUCCGUUUCUUUUUUGCUUUAAAAAAAAUCUUGGUCCCUCUAUGUCUUGUCUCUGGUGCUGAUGGAAAGUGGUUUUUAACUUGUAUGGUGUUUGAGUAAAACAUAUUCGAUGUCCUUGGAGCUGAUGUCUUUGCAAUUAUGUAUAUUACAUAAAAACAUGAUCAUUGUUGUUAUGGUAACGAUGGAGGUGUUCAUGUUCUUAUUGUCUCUGCAUAUCAUGUCAUACUUAAUUUUAGUCAGAAUUAAAGUGGGAUUAAGAUGCUUAUGGUUUGAGAA